AUGAUGCAGUGUGAGGGAAUCAGGACUGUCCGUCACUUCGCCACACUGUUCGUCAACGUGAAUGUGACUUCUGAACCUCACGAGGUGUCGGCUCUCUGGUUCCUCUGGUAUGUGAAACAGUGCGGAGGAACCAUGAGGAUCUUCUCCACCACUAAUGGAGGCCAGGAGCGGAAGUUUGUUGGUGGCUCCAGUCAGAUCAGUGAGCGCAUGGCCCAAGAGCUGGGCGACCGGGUGAAGCUGCAGUCCCCAGUCUGCAGGAUUGACCAGACCGGAGACAUGGUGGCGGUGCAGACGGUGGACCAGCAGACCUACAUGGCCAAGUACGUGAUCGUGGCCACCCCUCCUGGUCUGAAUCUGAAGAUGCACUUUAACCCUGAGCUGCCCCCACUGAGGAACCAGCUGAUCCACCGCGUCCCCAUGGGCUCCGUCAUCAAGUGCAUGGUCUACUACAAAGAGAACUUCUGGAGGAAAAAGGGUUACUGUGGCAGUAUGGUGAUUGAGGACGAUGGCUCUCCCAUUGGCCUGACGCUGGACGACACAAAGCCUGAUGGGACCGUACCUGCUAUUAUGGGAUUCAUCCUCGCCCACAAGUGCAGAAAACUGUCAGAGCUGACCAGAGAAGAGCGGCUGAGGAGGAUCUGUGAAAUCUACUCCAGAGUGCUGGGCUCAGAGGAGGCGCUGCACCCGGUGCACUACGAGGAGAAGAACUGGUGUGAAGAGGAAUACUCUGGGGGCUGCUACACCGUCUACUUCCCCCCGGGAAUCCUUACCCAGUUUGGCAAGGUGCUGAGGGAGCCGGUUGGCAGAUUGUACUUUGCAGGCACAGAGACGGCCACAGAAUGGAGCGGCUACAUGGAGGGGGCAGUGCAAGCUGGAGAGAGAGCUGCCAGAGAGGUCAUGUGUGCGAUGGGUAAAAUCUCCCACAGUCAGAUCUGGCAGUCGGAGCCCCAGUGUAUGGAGGUCCCAGCAGUCCCGUUUGUCACUACCUUCUGGGAGAGGAACCUGCCUUCAGUCGGUGGUCUCCUCAAGUUCAUGGGCAUCUCCACCCUCCUGUCUGUCAUGACUGCAGCCGGCCUGGUGGCCUACAAGAAGGGCCUCCUGCCCCGGAGUUAAACUGCCCACACCUGUCGUCUCACUCCUCUGCAUUUUGAAGGCACAUGUCUCCAUAGACUCUGUACUCAUGUUUCUAGUGCACUACUUUAUGGUCCAAACCACAAAGUAGUGCACUGUGUUCUGUAGAGUAUCGGAUGUUUUUCUGAGAAGUGCCCUGCUGUAAGAAAGACUGUUCAGCUCAUGCAAAACACUAAUGCACCUCCACUCCAUGCAGUCGAUUCACAGAAGCAGGAGUGAGACAAAUGGUGACAGGCUGAUUAACGACAAGUUCAGCCUAAAUCUACAAUAAAUCUGACAAGUGAAGAAAAAGAUCAGUUUCUAAAAGGAAAAAUAUGAUUAAUAUUCCACGCACUGCCAAUGACUUUCACAUUCUUGAUUACGUGUGUUUAUUAACUCACCACGUUUAGUGUGUGUAUGUGCACAAGCUUUGGUGAGCAUGUGUAUGUGAGUUCCUCCGUCGUGUACAAACUGUGUGUGUGUGUGUGUGUGUGUGUGUGUGUGUCCACUGUGUCUAAUUACCUGGUUUUAGGUGCUGAUUUGUCCUGGCCAAGCAACUGUGGCUGUUUGAGACCCUGUGACCUCAGAGUGGGACAAAGUCAUGUCGUUGCCCAUUACAAACUCACAGCAGAGGUUAAAGGAGAAGCUGGGUUACUUUUUUUGUCAAAUAAUCUCGUGAAAAGACAAAACUACAAUUGAAAUUGGUUCCUCUGUUCAUGUCCUGCAGCUCUGUGUUCAUUAGGGCGCCCAGUGUGUUACUCUGCUGCAUAACCAGCUACACUGGCUGAUUGUUUUAAGGUGUGUUCAGACUGAAUGCAGAGCACAUUUGAGCAGUCUGUCUCCCCCCAACAACAAGUGUAGCUAGUAACAUAUUUACAAGCUUUAUAUGAACAUUCACACUCUUGACUGAUCUCCAAACAUUUUUCUUUAGUUUCUCUACUUAAGUGGAAUCAUGCAGCCUCAGGUUAAGCAAAGAUCUUUAAUUGAAGCUGAAAAAUUUCUACUUGACAGUUUUAUUUAUAAAUCUAAGAAUUAUAUAUUUGCCUCAAGAACUUGCAACAUAGAACAAAACCGUGGUUAAUUGUUUUAAAGUCACACCACCAUCCUUGUGCGAAUGUAAUUUCUGUGUUAUGAUAACCAGGUUUUUGACAUCUUAAUUUGUAUCAUUUUGAUUAACACCAGGGGCAGCAAUGGAGCCCACAAACCACAUACAAAGGUACAAAACUGAUGUGUUAAUACUGAAAUCCAUUUUAGAGUCUGCAGCUCACUGCUCAUUUCUAAGGACACUGUUGCACAUUGUAGACGCUUUUUUUAAUUUACUUAUAGGGAAUCUUGGCUUUAAUCACACUGAUUAAAAGUUUAGCUUAUGAUUUGUAAGAAAAUCUUCAUGUAAUUGCCUUUUCUUAAAAUAAACUUAAGAAAACAGAUGAACAAAUGAAGGAUUCUACCCAGAGAGAUUUUACAUUGGAAGAAACAAAGCUGAACAGCCACCUACUCACUGUAUAUGUUGCAAGCACUUCAACAGGAAUCCACGAUGAGUUGCAGUGUUUUGUCGGAGCAGCUGUACUGUUUAUUCAGAGCAUAAUCAACAUCUGAUUCUGGAGUCUGAGGUGAAGAAAACUAGUAAAACAUGACUGAAGCUAAAGGAGUCCUCCUGUCUGUUUUGUGCUGCACUGUGAGAGACUCGUGCUGUUCUUGUCCCCAAGACUGGUGUGUGUUUAUUUGUGAGCGUAAUUGUGUUGUGCCAUAAUAAAAGAGUCAUUUCUCUUAA